GGGAGGAAGUGGCUCUAACUUCCCCAGGAAAGAGGGAGAGGAAACGGACGGGUUUGGACUGCUCAGUCAGGCUGGGCAUACAACUACAAGACUAAUGACUGAAGAGAGCUGGCUGGAGAGAAAGACAGAUAGAGGCAGGGAGAGAGAAACAUAAAGAGAAAGACUGCCUUCCAUUGGCCUACAAGACCACAGAGCUGGACUAGGGAAAAUAAAGUUAGAACGAGAGAGUGGCGGGAGACAGACAGAGGCAGGGAGCGAGAGAGAAACAUAAUUGAGAAAGAGAGAGAAGACUUCAUUUUCCAUUGUCCUCUUCUGGACUUGGGAAGAGAAGAGUGACCGAAAGAGAAGAAAAGGAGAAAGGGAUUUUCCUGUGAGUUGGACACGUUCUGAGACCUAUUGUAGGCUUGUACCUGGUUGUGGGGUGGACAUGGGCCAGUUUCUGACGGGUCUAGGACUACUGCUCUGCUGUUCCCUCUCCUCCCCUCAGAGACUGGCUCCCUCAGGGAGAAACGUCUGCCAGGACCCCAGGAAUCCUUCCACUCUUGUCUGUUGCACUGGAUGGAGACAACAGAGAGAGGAGUGUACCCUUCCUGUGUGUGAUGGUGAACAGGCCUGCCAGCAGGAUGAGGUGUGUUUAUACCCGGGCGUCUGUCGCUGUCGCCCUGGCUACUAUGGAGCCCACUGCAAGACACGCUGCCCUCCAGAGUUCUGGGCACCGGACUGCCGUGAGCUGUGCAAGUGCCACCCUCACGGGCGCUGUGACCCGAUCACGGGCAAGUGUACGUGCCUCUCCAACCGCUGGGGGGCACUCUGCCAGAACACCUGCAAAUGUGGCCGUCAUGGACACUGCCACCCCGUACACGGCAACUGCACCUGCGACGAGGGCUGGUGGACACCCACCUGUACCAAGCAGUGCCAGUGCUACCCAGGCACCUCCACCUGCGACCCACUGACCGGCAGGUGUCAGUGUGCCCUGGGUUACUGGGGUCAGAAGUGCAGUCUUCGAUGUAGCUGCUACAUAUCAUCCUGCCAACAGAAGACGGGGGCAUGUGAAUGCCAGAACGGGUGGUGGGGUCCGACGUGUGACCGCCGCUGUAACUGUGACCUGGAGCACAGCGAGUGUAAUGCCGUCAGCGGGGAGUGUGUAUGUCAGCCUGGGUACAAGGGAGCCUUCUGUAACGAACCGUGUGGACCUGGGGAGUAUGGCAGUGGCUGUAAACUGAGCUGUGGCCACUGUGAAGGAGGCCAGUCGUGCUCUGUGGUUGAUGGUGUCUGUACGGCCUGUGAGCCUGGGUGGAAUGGCACACACUGUGACCGUCUGUGCCCGCAUGGUUACCAUGGAAACCACUGCCAGGAGGCAUGCCCACGCUGCAGGAACGGUGAACCAUGUGAACCCAGGACGGGGGCGUGUUCACGAUGUGACCCAGGAUGGACCAAACCCAGGUGUGACGAGCCGUGCUCUAACAGUACAUUCGGGGAUGCCUGCCGCUCCCUGUGCAGCCCCUGUUUCCAUGGCCACUGUGAUCACGUGACAGGAAGUUGUGUCUGUGGGCCUGGGUUCCAGGGACGGAGUUGUAACAUCACCUGUCCAGAUCAGCUGUAUGGCUUUAACUGUUCCUCUCUCUGUGACUGUGGAGAGGGAACCGCCUGUCACCCAGCAACGGGGGCGUGUCCAUACAGUGGUCACAGGGCUCUGAUCACUGGUCUCCUGGUCCCUCUGCUCUUGGUGCUGCUGGGUCUGGUCUGCUGCUGCUGCUGCUGUGGAGGACCUACUGACGGCAAAGACAGGGUAGCAGUGGGUGACGGUGGUACCUCUGUCCGUAUGAAGCAUCAUGUGUAUAACGUCCUGGCCAACGUGAGCUCUGCUGUACCCUGUAUCUCUGUCUGGUCCUCUGGGCUACCCAGAGUCACAGUGUCACACCACGACCCUGAGCUGACGUUCAACCACAGCUUCAUAGAGCCUCCCUCGUCAGGCUGGGUGACGGAGGGAUCCUUCUUCGACAGUGAUGAGGAGACCAGAGAGGUGCUCUACUGUGUCCCCCCCAGAGAAGACAUCCCUGCAGUGGCGGGCGGUGAGUUCCAGGAGUUCCAGCACGAGAUGAGUUCUAAGUGUAACAUGUUCCCCGACCCCUCUGCCUUCAGUAUUAGUGCAGAAGACAUGUCCCUCCCCUUUGGCAUCCCCCGCACCUCCAGCAACGCCAAGUCCAAAUGCCCCUCCGUCUCCUUCGCCGAAGGCACCAGGUUCAGUCCCAAGGAGCGCCGAGGCUCUGCCCAAGAUUUGACACCCGGGGCCCCCCGCACCAAACACAAGUCCCCCUGGGGGGUCCUGAUGCUGUCAGCCCUCCAGGCCCAGGGAGGGAAUGCCUCAGAGGGGGAAGAGAUGGAGGGGGGGGUGGAUGGGUGUGGAGGUGGGACUGGACCAUUGGAAGAUCCAGAAUCCAGUGGUGAAGCAGGGGACCCCGAUGUGGACAGGUGGACAGCUACCCCGACCCGAGCCAUGUCUACCCUGCAGGUGCCUGGAGCAGUGGUAGGACGCACCAUAUCCAACGCUGCUGUUUCCAGAAAGGGAGGGCAAACACCAGGGUCCACAUCCGAUGGCCAGCAGGCAGAGAUGGACAAAGUGACCACAGUGUAUGUGACAGUGGGGAAGGCGGGGGUGGGGAGGCCCCUGUCUAAACUAGAGCUCCCCAGCUUGGAGGGCCCGGUACAGGCCAUGCUACGCAGGCUAGGUAGCCUCCAGAGGCACAAAGACCAGGAGGUGGGAACUAAGCCCAAGGGGAAGAGCCCGGGGGUGGAGGGGAUCACCAAGCCCCCCAGGAGGAAGCUGGGGACUAGGGUCAGUGUGUGGGAGCAGGGGGCUCCCCCACCCUCGGAGGUGGAGGGUGCUGUAGGGGAAGGUGUAUCUAUGAGAAAACCCAGUAGGAGGAAACAGCACGCCCACCAUAGCUCCCCUGCUGUCAUGGGAAACACUGACGCUGGCACUAACACUCAACCCCCACCAGAGGACACCCCUGCCACCGUUACGUCCACGAGGCCCCUGUCCUCCAUUUUGAAAAGCGUGCCAGAGGUCGGUGGGUCAGAGGUUAGGGGUGAAAGGUCAGGGGUAAGGCGAGAGAACGGCGACCCUGGGAUGCAGACUGAUAAUGGAUAUCGAACAAUCGGGCCAGCUGGAUUUGUAAUGGACGCUGUUAGUCUGAGUGAAGUCAUCGCCAAUGAAGGAGUGGUGGCUGGUGUGGACGAUGGACCUAACCUUUAUGAGAACGUGAUGAUUAUGCAUUCCUCAUUUCAGAUGCAAUGACUGUGGUGCUCUGUCUCUUCUCGCAAUUGAGUAUGUAGUUCGACUACUAAUGAAUGAGGAAUUUGGAAACUAGCCUACUGUACUGAGUUAACAGUCGAGUCUGACAUAAACUUUACAAUAUUGAGUAUACAAUUUGAUGUAUAUUAUACAACAAUAGGAUCAUGUUGAAAUCACUUUACCAAAAAGUGAUUGACACUGUAACUGCCAUGUGUGAAACAACUAUGCAAAUGAAAACCAAAAAAUGCUCCUGUGCACUUUGUUCACUUUGACUUGUCUGUCAUCACUGGGAUAACAUUGCUCUGUGGUCCUUGAACCAUUUAAAAGUGUUGGCACUGGCAGCACCAACCCUUCCCAAACCAUCACCUGUCUGUGAUAUGUAUUAUUCACUGGAACACUGAGGCUGUGUCCCAAAUGGCACCCUAUUCCUUUUAUAGUGGCCAUGGUCAAAAGUGCACUAUAAAGGAAACAGGGUGCUAUUUGGGAUGCACACUGAGUGAAACAAAACAAGUGAUGAAACCUGCCAUGCAUCUGAUGUAUUGUGGUGUCUGUCAGCUGCAUUCCCAAUAUUGUAGGGUUGAGAGCAUUUUGGUUGUAUUGGGAUUUACAUAUAAAAGAAGAAAUAAGCCGCCAUUGACAUUAUCUGUAGAGACUAUAUUCAUCUCUAUGGUGACCACUCCCCUUCUUCUUGUACAGGAUUUAAGGAGGGGUUGACAGACAGGGUUAGAAUGGACGAUUGAUGACUUGAUCUUCUUUAAUCUAAUUUCUGAAUGUUUCCAAAAAUCAGCAGUGAAUCAACAAGUCCGGACCGUGUUCGCUGUGGAAUUGAGUUGUAAUGGAAAAGAAUGCAGCACGGUGUCUCAUCGGAACAGAUAUCCCCUGGCUACCUGGCAUAGUCUACUAUCAGGCUAGCAUAGUCUAUGUACUAUCUGUAGGUUUUGCCAAGCCUGUGUCCUCUUGAUCACUGUUAAGCUUGCCUCCCACAUAGCAUGUCCUUCUAUGCAGCCAAAAACAGUUUAAUCAUAUUCCACUGAAAGCGCUAGUCAGGAAAUGGAGACCUGGUGGUCCAGAGUUGUGUUUGUUGAUGUCUUUGUAGCCUGUCGUUCACUAGGUGUUAGUAGUGUUUCUGUAUCACACUGUCAAUCCCACCUUUAAAGACCCCUCUUGUAAACUGGGUCAGAUAUUAGAGAGGAGAGAUAACCCACAUGUAAAAUUAUUACAGUUUACAAUAGAAUUCAGUAGUCUACUGUAGAAUACUAUACUACACACUGUGAAAGCCUCCACUUCUAUGUCAGAGAUAUUAAAACAAAAACACUAUAGUAAAUACAACAAUAAUGUCUGCAAAAACACUACAGUAAUUACUACAGUAUACUACAAUCCGCAAAAAUACUAC